CAUGGGCCCACCGGCAAGUCCACUCCGCCGUCAGCCACCGGAAGAAAGCGCCCAACCGAGAGCACCAGGGAAAGGAGAGUGCGGCGGCCUAGGCAUCGGCAUGGAGGACGACUACGUCACGAUCCCCUACGGCCUGCUGCUCCUAGCCGGUGGCGUCGCCGGCUACGUCAAGCGCGGCAGCGCCGCUUCUCUGGCUGCUGGGGGCGGAUUCGGCGCCGCGCUCCUCCUCGCCGGCGCGCUCAGCGCCUGGGCCUUCGCGCGUGGCGCUGGUGGUGCUGCCGCCAUCUUCGCCACCGUCCUCCAGAUCGUUUGUGCUGUGCUAUUGACUGUUGUCAUGGGAAUAAGAUACGUCAAAACACGAAAGAUAAUGCCUGCUGGAAUUAUUGCUGCUAUCAGUGCACUCGUAUUGAUAUUUUACGUGUACAAGAUAUCUACUGGUGGCAACAAGGUUUAUAUCCCGGUGGCUGCCGAGUGAGGCUGGGUCGUGUGGUGAAAUAUGCUGUUUCUAUGGCUGCUCAUGGUGUUUGGUUCACUUCUCUGGUAACGCAGAUAGUUUGGGAAAUGGAUCACGGAGGGACUGGCAUCAGUGAUCACGGAGGGACUUUGGUUGGGGCACGGUAAUGUUAUUGAGAACAAGUUCCCGUAGAUGUGCUGCACCAGCGGCGUCCUGUAAUAACGCUUUAACGCUCGGGAAGGGGUGGAAUCAAGCGUGAGUAGUCCUGUAUCAAUUUAAGCGCUACCUGAUAAUGGUCUGACGUUAACCAAACAUUAGUAUCUCGUUUUCUAUUCCCCGUUGCAAUCAGAUGUUACAUUUUUGGGCAACCAAACACCAUGUGUGAAGAGAACAAAAUCAUCUGUGUUAUCAA